GUCAGUUUCACACAGUAACUCAAGUUGAGGUGGGAGAGUUUACACAACCUGAUCGAUUGUACACAAACACAAAAGAACUGCUGUGUGACACAUAUCAACAGACCAUUACAAGCCGUUACAGAGCUGGGAAGUGAAGACUGUGUGAAACCUGAGAUGUAAGAAAUGAUGAAACUCACCAGGACACAGUUAUCGGACAGUGUGGGCAUGUCAUCAAUCACAACUUCUCUAAGUGAAGGGCAUCCAGCUGAAAGUGCUGAAAGAGUACAAACAGGGGAGAGCCAGAAACGAGAGAGGAGACACGUGUGAGCAGAGAACAGGGACUGGAUCUAUCCAAGACAGACUCUGCAUCCACAGUUGAAGCUGGGACUAUAAACCAAACCAAGAGGAGAGCAACAACUGACCUGAGUGCAGCCGGACAGAUUGAGGUGGAUGAGACUGUGGCAGCCCUUCCCUGUGGUCAGCUCUUCUAAUUGAAAAGACAAACCCUGCAGAGCUGAGGAUGCACAUGACCUCUAGUCUCCUCUUCGCCUUCCUGCUCUUCCUCCUGCUCCCGAGCAUCGACAUGAAAAGGUCAGGAAGAGGAAGAGGAAGAGGCCUCAAAGGAGCGCGACACAAACUCACACACGACAGGGUCAGAGGUGCUGGGCGUCACAGCAGAUCAGGCCCCUCCAGGCUUGUGCCACCCGACUGCUCAGAGUCAACAGAAUCCGGAGACGUCUUUGUGGACUGUCAGGAACGACGUCUCUCCUCCGUUCCCAACGCCCAAACCUGGUCCAACGCACCCAAGCACCUCCUUCUAGCACGCAACCGGAUCAAAGUCCUACGUGAGGGGACCUUCUUUGGAUAUGAGAGUUUAACUACUCUGGACCUGCAGCAGAACCGGAUCUCUUCAAUUGAGGAUGGGGCCUUCCAGGGCCUGGUGCAACUUAAAACCUUGCUGCUGCAGCACAAUAAUCUGGAAACGCUUAAUGAGGAGGCCCUCAUCCCCAUGCCAAACAUCCGUUACCUGCGUUUAUAUGAUAAUCCCUGGAAUUGUCUCUGCCCAAUGGACAGUCUUAUAAGCACCCUUCAGGUCCCAAGCAACCGCAAUUUAGGAAAAUAUGCCAGGUGUGUAGAGCCCUUCAGGUUUAAAGGCAAGAAGCUGAAGCAGAUUGAUCCUCAGUUGCUCUGUAAGGAGUCAGACCUGACCGGUGUCCCACAGGGCGACCAAACGGACACCCCAGGCCCUGUGGAGCCGGCUCCAUUUCGCAGCAAACCAGACAUAACCACAACUUGCCACACCUACAUCUUCCCCCAAAUACGAAUGGACUGCACGAAACGAGGUCUAACUGAGGUGCCGACAGGUAUCCCAGAGGACGCUGUUCAUAUUGAUCUGUCAAACAAUUCAAUCCGUCAUCUGAGAGCCAAAGAUUUCCAAACAGCCAGGGGCCUCAGAUUCCUGAACCUCAGUAAUAACAACAUGGAGCACAUCGACAAAGCGUCUCUGUCUGGGCUGCUGCACCUCCAUGAGCUGGACUUGUCACACAACAGCCUCCAUUUUGUCCAGUACGGGGUUCUCGAAGACCUUUACUUCCUGUCACAGCUGAAACUGAGAGGGAACCCUUGGGUUUGUGACUACAGCAUCCACUACAUGGUGUACUGGCUGCGUCUGCACCCAGGAGUGAGGCACUCUGGCCUUAUCUGUCGCUCCCCUCCUGAACAUACAGGGGAACGGGUGGAGGCCUAUGUGCAAUCCUACAACAGAGUGUGUCCAAAGGACAGACAGAUCAGCAGAAUAGACCAAGAACAAACGGACCCUGAGCUUUGGAACACACCGAUGGAGGCGCAGGGAGAGCUGCAGGAGGAGCUGGAGCCCAGACACUUGAGGGUUCCACAGAAAUACACAAUCAUCAGACUGUCCUGAAAAUAAAACCUGGACCCUGAUUAUUU